GACACCCUUUCACUACACUGUAGCCGAAGAAAUCUUCGGCGUGAGAGACACAGGACGAGUGGCUUUCGGAAAAAAGAGACCAAGGCUGAAAACUGGAUCGGAACAUAAUAUCUGACUUUUGAGCAAUGUGCUGGCAGCAUGGCCAAAUGGUUCAAGGAGCACCUGGGAUUCAAAACCACCAAAGCACCACCUCCGGCGCCCCCGAAACCGGACUACAGACACUGCCAUGCCGCUGUAUCAGGUACGGCUGGCUACCACCAAACAAGCUCAGGAGCUACCUCGCACUAUCCAAGCCCCGCUCAACCCGACAUUCUCGCUGCGUACAAACUACAAAAGGAACUGGACUUCGAGGAUCCGUACACAGGAGGCGGAAAUAUUUCUUAUUCAACUGGACUGGGCUCUGUGGGGUCGCAGGACAUAAAAUAUGUGUCACCAAAGCAUCGGCUCAUAAAGGUAGAAACGAUAGAGAGAAGCGGUUCGACUUCGGGCAGUAGUAAUACAACAAUCCCAGUUACUGUGGGGAGCGUCAAGUCUCCCACUUCGCCACCCGCAGAACACGAGAGUAAGCAAGAGAAGCUUAUUAUCCUGGAGGACUAUGCUGACCCGUUCGACGCGGAGCAGGCGGGUGGCACACAGGCUCCCGCGGAGAAGGUGACGGAGAACGACGGCUACAUGGAACCGUACGAGGCUCAGAAAAUGAUGGCUGAGAUCCGCGGGGGCCGGGGGCCGAAGGAAGGGCCACUGAGGCAGCUUCCCCUGUACGACACGCCUUACGAGCCGGCCGAGAACGGCGGGGACUCCGACGCGGAGCCCCCGCGGUGUUCCAGGGAGAGCAGGCUCCCACAGGACGACGAGAGGCCUCCGGAGGAGUACGACCAGCCCUGGGAGUGGAAGAAAGACCGCAUCUCCAAAGCUUUCGCAGUGCAGUUUGACGGAAUUGAAAAGUCUAGAAUGUCGCCCACCAAGGAGGGCAAAGUCCGUCCGCUCCAGCGCCAUUCCAGCGGCUGUCUCGUUAACACCAAAAUGAGCUCCCUGGACCACUGCUCACCCACCGUGGGCGAGCGGAUUGACCCCUCCAUGCCGCUCGAGAGCCAGUUCUGGUACCACGGGGCAAUUAGCCGAACCGACGCGGAGUCGCUGCUUAGACUGUGUAAGGAGUCCAGUUACCUGGUGAGGAACAGUGAGACGAGCAAGAACGACUUCUCCCUCUCCCUCAAGAGCAGCCAGGGUUUCAUGCACAUGAGGUUGUCGCGGACCAAAGAGAAUAAGUACGUCCUGGGCCAGAACAGCUGUUUGUUUGACAGCGUACCAGAGAUCAUUCACUUCUACUCCAGCCGAAAGCUGCCCAUCAAGGGGGCGGAGCACAUGUCCCUGCUCUACCCCGUGGCCAUCCGGACGCUAUAGUUCACCCGCUGACACUGCAGGUGG